AUGGCGAUUGUUGCGCAAGGCGUUUCGAAAGUUCUGACGACGUUUCAGAAAACGUUCAAAGGACUACUUCCACUUAUUAUUCUCGUGAUCUACACUCUUUUGGGAGCAUGGAUCUUCUGGAUGAUCGAAGGAGAAAACGAACGAGAGAUGCUCGUCGAGCAGCAGAAAGAAAGAGAUGAGCUCAUUCGGAGAACUGUGUAUAAGAUCAACCAGCUGCAAAUCAAAAGACAGAGAAGAUUAAUGACUGCAGAGGAGGAAUACAAUAGAACUGCCAAGGUCUUGACAACUUUCCAAGAGACCUUGGGAAUCGUGCCAGCUGAUAUGGACAAAGACAUCCAUUGGACUUUCCUGGGAUCCAUUUUCUACUGUAUGACAGUAUACACCACUAUUGGUUACGGAAACAUUGUUCCUGGUACUGGUUGGGGACGGUUCGCUACUAUCCUAUAUGCAUUCAUUGGAAUCCCACUCACAGUCCUCAGUUUGUACUGUCUUGGUAGCUUGUUUGCUAAAGGAUGUAAAAUUAUUUGGAAGUUCUUCUUGAGAUCCACCAGAGUUGUAAGCAAAGAUCUUUCUAACAAGAUCUCUGAAGCAGCCGAUAACAUUGAGGAAGGAACUACCACUAUCACACCCGCUCCUAAUAAUGAUAGUGAUGAUGAUGAUCUGCUGUCGUUCCCAAUUUCUGGACUCCUUCUCAUCACCAUCAUCUGGGUGAUUUUCUGCGCUGUCCUUUUCACUUUCCUGGAAGAAUGGGACUUUGGAACUUCUAUCUACUUUACAUUGAUUUCGUUCACCACUAUCGGUUUCGGAGAUAUUCUUCCAUCUGACUACGAUUUCAUGCCAAUUGUUGGAAUCUUGCUUCUCAUUGGUCUAUCUUUGGUUUCUACUGUGAUGACUCUUAUCCAACAACAGAUUGAGGCUUUGGCAUCGGGAAUGAAAGAUAACAUUGACCAAGAAUAUGCCCGUGCUCUCAACGAGGCUCGUGAAGAAGGAGAAGUCGAUGAAGAUGUUGAUCCAGAGGAAGAUCCAGAAUCCAACAAAAAGUCGUUUGAUGCUGUUGUUUCUAGAAUGAACUGGUCGAAGAGAGGUCUCUACUACCUUCUUCCGGAUAGUCAGAAAAAACAAUUGGAACAACAUUCUGAGAAGAAAAUGGGAAGAAAGAGUAUCAAGAUUCAAACUGAUAACGAUCUUUUGGAGACACUCAUCCGCGAAGAAAUUCUCAAGGCGGAGCUCAACAACGAAAUGCACAAAUUCGCGGCACCACGGUUUUCACAACAACCAAAACUUGUGUAUUCGGAUGUCCGUGAGAAAGAAGUUCCAAUUGAAGUCGUCCGUGUUGAGCAUAUUAGUCAUGGAGGAGAGGAUUACCUCGAGCAUGACAUUUAA